AUGAAAAAGUACAAAUGGCUAUUGUUUACUUAUCAGUUCCUGUCGAUUUGCUUCGAACUGUACAUUCAUGCCAUUUUGCCCGAGGGUAACAACGAAAGCCCGUUGCUGCUCAAGGUCUUGCAGGACGUGCCCAACUACGGCUUUCUGCGAACCGUACCCGACCUUUGGGUCGUCGACGGCAGCGACCCCUUCUCGCUGUGGCCCGUCAGCGCCCAACUCACCGCCGCCUUGUCAAUACUGUUCAUGGCUCUCUAUUACGUAAUAAUCGGGAUAGCCAUUCCGCUUUUUACGCUGGCGACGCCAUGGGCCAUCGGCACGACGGUCAUCUGGGUACAGUUCGAAAUUCCAGCAGCCGCCUGGAAUGCCAUCUUUUUCCUCGAUGGUUGCCACGCGCUUGUGGCGUCCGUCGAGAUUCUGGGGCUCACGCCGUGCUACCGCCAGUACAUCUUCAGCCCCUUUCGAAAAUUGGGCAGAAGGAUUUUGACCAUCGCUGUACAGCAGACACCUACGAACGAAAAGUCGCUGGCGUCAACGAUUCGACCGUCAUUUCGUUUGGCUGACAUCAUGAUAGCUCAAAUC